UUGACCCAUCAUGUCCUGGGAUGGCUCAUGAAUGGAAGAUUCCUGAUGAUAUAAAACCCUACUGUGAACGGCAACCCUCUACCCCACCUACCCCACCUACCCUACCUACACUACCUACCCUAACCACCCCCACGCCUCCAACCUGCACGUCAGGAAAGACAUCAAUCUGUGACAUCAUACUUAGCCCGGUCUUUAAGCAAUGCCAUGACGUUAUCCCACAACAACCCUUCUUCGAGGCCUGUAAGUUUGAUGUCUGCCACAUGCCAAAUAUCUCAAUCGGCUGCUCCAGCCUGGAAGCCUACGCCGUGAGGUGUGCAGCAGCUGGAGUCUGUAUCGACUGGAGGAAAUCAACUAAUGGAACAUGUGAACUGACCUGCCCUAAGACCAAAGUGUAUAAGGCAUGUGGCUCUACUAUCCAGCCAACAUGCAAUUCAAGAUACAAUGACAAAUAUGUGCAUUCAUGUCAAGGAGCACAAAUGACCCGUGACUUUGUAUGUGACUCAUUCAUGGAGGGCUGUUUCUGCCCUGAGGGUACCAUCUUGUUCAACACAUUCUCUGACACCUGUGUUCGUGACUGUGGAUGCACAGGAACUGAUGGAAAACCCAAACAGUUUGGUGAGACUUGGUACAGUAACUGCCAGAAGUGCACGUGUAAUGCUGACACACUGAGUGUCCAGUGUGAACCAGUGAAAUGUCCGCCCCAAGAAAUUGUUACCUGUAAGAAGUACGGGGAGGUGUUGGUCAACGAGACGGUGGACUGCUGUCAGAUAAAUACAUGUGUGCCCAAACCUGUUUGUGUCCACAACAAUACUGAAUACACGCUUGGGGAGUUUUGGUCGCCCCCUAGUGACCGCUGUGUGAAGUAUGAAUGCACAAAGACAAAACAGCCAGUUCAUCGUUGUGGAAUCCAAAUUGGAAUGCCCAGUGUUCCGUCCAGAGGACUGUGUCCCUGUAGAUGAGGAAACUGGUUGAAUGUGUUUGUUUGAAGGAACUGAGAAAACUGAUGCAAAUGGAUGUUGCACAACCUGCACUGUCACUGUGAUGUGAAAAACACCACCACCUACCUAGUGGUGAAUAACUGCAGGUCCUCUGUGCCGGUGGAAAUCUCAGCCUGCGGGAGAUCCUGUGGAACAUCUUCUAUGUACUCUGCAGAGAAAAACACCCUGAUGCACUCCUGCUCCUGCUGUCAAGAAAUGUCUACCAGUGAGAGGAAGGUGGAGAUGGUCUGCCCUAACGGGAAGAAGAUCAUGCAGUCCUACAUUUACAUUGAUAAGUGUGGCUGCCAUGACUCUGAGUGUGACAAGAAGAACCACUUAGAUUGAAGAAUGAAGUCUUUUGAAGUGUUCUUAUUUACCUGCAUGGAAUAUUCAAUAGUUUUAUCUAAAGGGAACCAAUAGCGUCUGUCUCAUUAUCAUAUAGGCUACUUUCAUGAACUGUAUGUUCUUUCUCUCUCCACUAUCAUAGACAUUAUGCAAACCUAUUAAACGGAUGAAGAAGCAUGAA